GCCCCCGCGAUGCUGCUGCUGGCGGCCGCCCUCCUCGUGGCGUUCGUGCUGCUGCUCUACAUGGUGUCGCCGCUCAUCAGCCCCAAGCCGCUCGCGCUGCCCGGCGCGCAUGUGGUGGUCACAGGAGGCUCCAGCGGCAUCGGCAAGUGCAUCGCCAUCGAGUGCUACAGACAGGGCGCGUUCAUCACUCUGGUGGCGCGCAACGAGGAGAAGCUGCUGCAGGCAAAGAAAGAAAUUGAGAAACACUCUAUUAAUGACAAACAGGUGGUGCUCUGCAUAUCAGUCGAUAUAUCGCAAGACUACAGCCAAGUGGAGAAUGUCAUAAAACAGGCACAAGAGAAGCUGGGCCCUGUGGACAUGCUUGUGAACUGUGCAGGAAUGUCAGUUUCAGGAAAAUUUGAAGACCUCGAAGUUAGUAGUUUUGAAAGACUGAUGAGCGUCAACUACCUGGGCAGCGUGUACCCCAGCCGGGCCGUGAUCACCACCAUGAAGGAGCGCCGAGUGGGGCGGAUCGUGUUUGUGUCCUCCCAGGCAGGGCAGCUGGGGCUGUUCGGGUUCACAGCCUACUCGUCCUCCAAGUUUGCCAUCAGGGGCUUGGCCGAAGCUUUGCAGAUGGAGGUGAAGCCAUAUAAUGUCUACAUCACAGUUGCCUACCCGCCAGACACCGACACCCCUGGUUUUGCAGAAGAAAACAAGACAAAGCCUUUGGAGACUCGUCUUAUUUCUGAGACCACGUCUGUUUGCAAACCAGAACAGGUGGCCAAACAAAUUGUGAAAGAUGCCAUACAAGGAAAUUUCAACAGUUCUAUUGGCUCAGAUGGGUACAUGCUCUCGGCUCUGACCUGUGGGAUGGCUCCAGUAACUUCUAUCACUGAAGGGCUCCAGCAGGUGGUCACCAUGGGCCUCUUCCGAACCAUCGCCCUGUUUUACCUGGGAAGCUUCGACAGCAUAGUCCGUCGCUGCAUGAUGCAGAGAGCAAAAUCCGAAAUUGCAGACAAAACGGCCUAAUUCUUAUCCCUUGGAGAAAGACUGUGUCAAAAUAAGUUGAACAGCUUGCUGCUACCUGGGACCCAGUUUUUUUGACCUACAGACACUUAUGUGAUACUUGUGAAUACGUGAGAUGGGACCAGUCUCUGCAGAGACCUGGCUGCGAGCGGGGUGGGGCUCCUUCCCAGACACUGUCACUAACACUAUGCAAACGCGGACGGCGCGCGGGGUCCUCGGCUCUGAGCCGGAGACGUGAGGAUGGUUUGUGCGCGGGGUGAAGAGCAGAAUUCCAGAGUUGUCAUUUAGAUUUUUGCUAUUUAUUCCUGUAUAUCACAACCCCCCCCCCCC